AUGUCCACCCAACAGUACCAGGAAACGAAAGAGAUUGAGGAUCUAAGGAAAUUGAGGUCUGUACUCGCUGCAAUCAAACAGACGGUUGACGAUGUACAUAAAGACAUCGAGACUGCAAGGGAGAACAAGGUCGCCACUAACGAGGAGCUUGUAAAGCUAGAAGACAUAAUAAGGAGAUUUGCCAUGCUGGUAUAUUAUGACGAUGCCAGAGUAUGGGCUAACAUAGAUCAUGCCUUGAAAGAUCAACUAAUCUUGAAGGUUAUAUCGUCUCUAGAAUGCCUGAUAUGCUCAGAGGUGAUGCAUGUGCCGUUUCUUGCUUCUUGCGGCCACUCCUUCUGUUACAACUGUCUCAAUGCAUGGUUUGCCACGAAGGUGAACUGUCCGACCUGUCGAUCAGAACUCGAACAGGCUCCAGUGCUCAACAUACGACUCAAAGAUAUCAGCAAAAACAUCACAGACAUCGUGAUAGAGACGAUGGAAGAUGCACAUCAUAAAGAACAACUCGAAACCGCACGACAGUCGGUAUUAGAUGACUUUGAGGAGGCCAAGAAGAAAAAAUCAUUGUUUGACGAGGCCUUCAAUAGUGCAUUAACUCUCGUCGACAACUCUGAUGGAGUGCCUAGAUGUGGUAACUGCCAUUGGGAAGCUCACGGAUCAACAUGUUUACACUGUGGAGCUCGUUUCAGAGUCCCAAGAGAAGAUCUGUACUUUGACUCAGAAGACGGCGAUGCAUAUAACGAAGAUAGGGAAGAGGUUGAACUUUAUGGAGAUGAACGGGAUGCGUACGAUUCAGAAGACAGUUUUGUUGACUCUCGUGGACUAAACGACAUACAGAGAGAGAGAUAUGUGGAGCCUGGGGACGAAAUACUAUCAUCAGGAGAAGAUGAAGACCUUCGAAGCCAGAGUAGCGACCUGUGGGGAGGUUUUCGAGAGGACGGUGGUCGUUACGGCCUUAAUGCUGAUGAGAUGAAUAGCGACGCAGAGGAUAUGGAGCUGGCAGUAAGACGUCUACACGACCAGGACUUAGAUGAUUAUCAAUAUUUGAGUGACAAUCAGCUGUGGUCAAUUCAAGACAUAUCAUCAGGAAAUGAAGCUGCUAGUGACUCAGAGCCCGAGACACAAAGAAGCCGGCGAAGCCGAACCAUUGUCAGAAUUAUUAGAUUGCAAAAGUUGUACCAGAACUCCAACCAGAGGUUGUGGUUGAGAGGCCCCCGCUCCAAGGCUUUGGUGUACCCAUUCUACGCCUUGUUCACCGUGUCCACGGCUGUUCCAUUGUACUACACUGGCAGAGCCCUCUUUGGUAUCAAGGCCGAGUAA